AUGAAAGAUAAUUCGUAUGCGUUAGCAGUUGGGAGCAUCAUGUAUGCUCAGGUCUGUACCCGUAUGGAUAUUGCUUUUGUGGUUGGAAUGUUGGGCAGGUACCUUAGCAAUCUAGGGAUGAAUUAUUGGAUAGUUAUUAAGAAAGUGUUGCGUUACCUACAACGGACAAAGGAUUUCGCACUCAUGUAUAGGAGAUUUGACCGUUUGGAGUUGGUUAGAUAUACAGAUGAAAAUUUUGCGGGCCGUCUUGACAGCAAGAAGUCCACCUCGGGCUAUGUAUUCAUGAUGGGUGGUGGAGCCAAAUUAUGGAAUAACGUGAAACAGUUGAUUACGACGUCUUCUACCAUAGAAGCGAAGUAUGUAGAUUGUCAUGAAGCCAUGAGUCAGGCGAUCUGGCUUUAG